UUCCUCCGGAGUUGAACUGUAAAUAAACAAAGCGUGAAAAAAAUUUAAGAAUCAUUAAUUAACACGAAAAUAGAGUUAUGGCUGACGUUUUAGACAUUGAUAAUGCUGAAGACUUUGAAGUCGAUGAUGAUGGAGAUCAGGGAAUUUUGAGAUUGAAGGAAAAAGCCAAAAAGAAGAAAGGUAGAGGCUUUGGUUCAGAUCCCGUCCACAGAGAACCAAUGGAUUAUGAGAGUGUCAGAGAUGAUACUAAUGAUGAGGCGGAACCAGGUCCACAAAGAUCUGUUGAAGGAUGGAUUCUUUUCAUCACCUCAAUUCACGAGGAAGCACAUGAAGAUGACAUUCAGGAGAAAUUCUGUGAAUUUGGAGACAUUAAAAACAUUCAUUUGAAUCUUGACAGACGAACUGGAUUCUUAAAAGGAUAUGCUCUAGUCGAAUAUGAGACGUAUAAACAAGCAUUGGCAGCCAAAGAGGCAAUGGAUGGAGCUGAAAUAUUGGGACAGAAAAUCAGUGUCGAUUGGUGUUUCGUAAAAGGACCAAAAAGAGCAAGAAAACCAGGUGAUCGUAAGAAGAAGUAAUAAAGUCUGAACAUCCACAACUCAUUCAUGU